CUUUCAAUACAAGAAACGAGAGUAAUAAUGCUAUUCUAGGGCCUGAGUAUCAAAAUGCUAACCCUUACAAUGAUAUUAAACCUUCUAUUUAUACUAAUGGAGAGCAUGGGCUGCUCUAUGCUGAUUGGCUGUUGUUUCACCGACUUGAUCACUCAUGUUUCCAUUUGGUGAUGUCACAAUCUGGCAUUAAUUGCACCUGGCCACUUGCUGGUUGCCCGUUGCUCGAACGGGAUGCUGGACCAUGCGGAAGACGCUGCCAAAUUGGCCCAAGUAUGAUGUAUGAUCCGAACUCCGUUCGGUAUUUCUGUUUUCUGGGCCGGCCUCUACUCGGACUGAACCUCGUUCGGUAUGGAUUCUUCACUGGGCCUACUCAUUAUAGGGUAAUGGACUCGUUGUUUGGGCUGGAUAUUCUGGGCCUUUUUAAUCCGGGUAUUGGGCCUCCGGGUCAAUAUCCCAACAGUACGACUAGAACAUAGCAUUUUUCUUAAAGUAUGAUCAUAUGUGUGAUUUUUCUUAAAUAUGACUAAAUAUUGCAUAUUCACCCAUAAUUUAAUUAAUUAAUAUAAUUAAUUGCUCCUAGUUUUCUUACAUAACCAAAGCCAAAAUUCUAUGGUGGCAUAUCAAUCCGAUGACGACAACGAGGAACUCCGGUGACGGAGGCGGACAAGCAGAUCGUUAGGUGUCGUGAUCUACUAGGAUUUAAAAGUCUAUGGACUUUAUGAAAAUUAAUAAACUUAUCCAUGGAUUUAAAAGUCCAUAGAAUUCAUUCAUAAAAAAGUCUAUGAAUUUAAUAGUACAUUGACUUUUUUAAAAGUCCGUAGAUUAAAAAAAGUUCAUCACAAUCCAUAUUCAAUACACCCCAUACGUAUCACAGUUAUUAUUAAUGAAUUCUUAUUAUACAAAGGAAUACUUCUCAAAAUAUGCUUAAGUAGGAUCAAAAAAAAUAUGCUUAAGUAAUUUUAUUUAAUUGAUGUCUAGAUAAUAGUGUUGUUUUCAAUGAGAAAUUUAAAUGUUGAGGUAAAAUAAAAUUGGACGUACUUAUAAAUAUAGUAGCCCGUACUCGGUAGUACCUAGGGAUGGACCCAGGCCGGUCCGGUUCUGGUUCCGGGCCGAGCCCGAGCGGGCUUUUUUCCAAAUUGUUGGGCCUGGAAUCGGCCAGGAACCGGCCCGGGUUGAUACCGGGUCCGGGCCGGGUCCGGGUCUAUGUAAUUUUUU